CGAGGGGUCGUCGAAGAAUCCAGUAAAUGGAAGCCCGGAGCACGAGCUGAGUGUCGCUGCUGACGUCACGGCGCUACAUUGAGAGCUCGCGCUGAGUUGUAAGCGCGAGCUCAGACGGAGGCGCGCGGCAUCAGAGGACACAACUACGAUGAGCUCCAGUCGGUGCGACGCUGCUGCUUUCUGACGGAAAAUACUACCGAGUUUUAUUCUUUUUUUCCGGUUACUUCUUUCUUCUUGCGACGUAAACAAACCGGCGGACAUUUUGGAGCAUUUCUCCUCCGCUUCGGGCUUCAACAUGUCCUCCGCGGCGGUCGCUGCCUCACGGAGGCAGUCCUGCUAUCUGUGCGACCUGCCCCGCAUGCCGUGGGCGAUGAUCUGGGAUUUUACCGAGCCGGUGUGCCGCGGAUGUGUCAACUACGAGGGGGCCGACCGGGUGGAAUUUGUUAUCGACACAGCCCGGCAGCUAAAGAGAGCCCACGGCUUCCAGGAGGGCCGCUCUCCGGGGCCGGGGAAGCCCCAGCACCCCGGGAAGGAGCUCAACCACUCGGCCGGAGACCCGGGCUCCCGUCCGCCGCAGCCUCUGGACCGCUACCCGCUGUCCGACCGGCCGCCGCGGCUGGGACCGGAGUACCAAGCGGGCAGGCAGGCGAACGGCCUCCCGGUGCCGAACGGAUUUCCAAAACCCGACGAACCCCCGGAGCUGAACCGACAAAGCCCCAACCCCCGCAGGACUAGCACGGUUCCUCCCAGCUUGGUGCCUUUGGUGAACGGCGGCAUACCGACCGUACACCCGCUCAACGGCCGCCCGGCGCAGAUGGGGCUUCCCGGGGUGCUUGCUGCGCCGGGCCCCGGGGAGCAUGGCAAGCGACCGGAGGAGCUGAAAGACAAACACCGGCCGGACAGCCUGUCGGACCUGUCGGACAGCCACAAGGACUGGAUGAGCAAAGGCAAGACGGUCCGGGACCUGAUGGCGCUGCACACCUUGGACAGCCGGUUCAAGAAGGAGCACGCGGCCAUGCAGCGGGUGAUGGGGUAUGAAAGCGCCUCCUCCUCCAAAACAGACAGGGGGAAGCACCCUCGGAGCAUGAAGAGGAAGGCCUCCCCAGAGCCAGAAGGCGAGGGCAGCGCCCCCAAGAUGAACGGCAGUGAGGGCCAACCUUGGCUCCCAUCACCAUCUGAGGUCCUGAAGAUGCCCCCUGCAGCCCUGCCCGGCUUCUCAGCUGCGCCCCCUUCCACCAUCUCCCCCCACUCACGCACCACGCCCCCUGAGGCCGCCACAGCGCAGAACGGUCAGUCCCCCAUGGCGGCCCUUAUCCUCGCCACCGACAACGCAGGCAGCACCGGCUCGCCUAAGGAUGGCAACCAGGUACACUCCACCACGGCGGGCGCGCGGCGGAACAGCGGCAGCCCGCUGUCUCCGUCCUCGGCCUCUCAGAGGAGGCUGGCCCAGAGGGAGGGGCCGGGGAGCGCCAACCCUUCUGGCCCACACGUGCCCGGCGGCAUGGACCCUCACGCGCCGCCGCCGCAGAGCAUUCCGGACUCUUCCGUGCCGCCCGGCAGCGUGCCGCUGUGCUGCACGCUGUGCCACGAGCGGCUGGAGGACACUCACUUCGUCCAGUGCCCGUCAGUGCCGUCCCACAAGUUCUGUUUCCCCUGCUCCCGGGAAAGCAUCAAGCAGCAGGGCGCCACCGGCGAGGUGUACUGCCCCAGCGGCGAGCGAUGCCCGCUGGUCGGCUCCAACGUACCCUGGGCCUUCAUGCAGGGUGAAAUAGCCACCAUCUUGGCCGGGGACAUAAAGGUAAAAAAGGAGCGGGACCCUUAAAAUGUUCACCAGCUGUUUUUUCUUGAACUUUUUUCCUUUUUUGUAAUUCAACUACGGCAACAACAGCAGGACAUAAAGCAACACACACACACACACACACACACACACACCAGUCAUCCAGAGAGCCCCAGACAAACUGACGGACAUGUACAUAUUGGACACAAGGGAAGUGUAUACUUCGUAAACAUGGCUGUAUAAUUUUUUUGAUUUUUCUUUUUCAAUACAUUGUGUUUCUAUAUUUUUGAAGAUGAAAGGUAUGUACUCCUCAUAACAGACCCCCCCUCCCUCCCCCACCCCCACAUCACACUUGUUUCUUUUCUGUCGGUGUACUUUAGGUCUGGAGACAGUCCCUGUCAAACAUAGAAUGUGACUAAUCUGAGCACUUGGCAAAAAAAUUAAUAAAAAAAACAAACAAAAGAAAAAAUGCUUCUAGCUGUACAUGUAUGCACUUGUUUAAGAAAAAAAAAACUUGCCAAAUACAGUUUCAGACCUUGUAAUAACA